AUGGAUUAUUUAGAGAAUGUUCCUUCUUCUGAUCAAAACGAAAACAUUACUACUGUUUCACAACCUUCUUCUUCGUACUUGACAAGAGAUCAAGAACAUGUGAUCAUGGUCUCUGCUUUACGCCAAGUGAUAUCUAGCUCCGGAUAUGAGACGUCAUCGUCCCACUCGAUCGCCGUAGACGAAUCUCUUCCACCUCCGGACGCUGGCCCUUGUCCUCUCUGCGGCGUCACUGGUUGCUACGGCUGUGCAUUUCAACGACGACACGAAGAGAUCAAGAAAGAGAAGAAGCACAAAGGAGUAAGGAAGAAACCAUCAGGUAAAUGGUCGGCAGAGAUAUGGGAUCCGAGUUUGAGAGUAAGGAGGUGGCUUGGAACGUUUCCGCCGGCGGAGAUGGCGGCGCAAGCUUACGAAGAGGCGGAGGCUGGGCUUGUCGGAAGAAGAUCAAAGACACGUGGCACAAAGAAAGGAGAAUGA